AUGGCGACAAAAAUAGGAGACCAGGAGUCUCCUCAGGCUUCGGCCUCCCACCAACCCAGCGUUAAGCGCGCUCCGCCCCCAGAAACCCCGGCCGCCAUUCAAACGCGAUUUCGAGUGAUAGCAGCCUUUUGGGCCGUAAUUAUAUUCCUCGGAUUUCCGAUCUGGUGGAAGACAACAUCGAUUUAUCGAGCGUCUCUCCCCAUCGAGGAGAUGGUGGACUGGGCUGACGGCAAGGCCUGCCGACCAGUCUUUCCUUUAGAAAUCCACCUUGCGACACCUUCAAUGCAAUCGCUCGAGGCCCAGCACCUCCUCCGCACGACGCAGCAUGCUCUCGAUGAUCUGAACGAGUUCGCAGCUCAUCACCUCCGGCUCAAGUUGAGCAACGGCAGCACGACGGCAACUCAUAAUGGGGAAGACAGCCCGGAAAGUUUCAAAUACCUUGCAGAAGAGACAGCGGAUACUGCAUUAACCGUCCGAUUACUACCCCAGGAGGGCCUAGUAGGUCCUCGGUCAGAGCUCCAAACAGCUACGACGCAGCUCGAUAUCUUCUACCCGCCGAACCAGGUCCCCGUGCCUUCCUCCUCCAACUCUCCCCUCUCCGCUUUUAUUACGGCGGAGCUUCAACGAUUGUAUAGCGAGGAGAAGGCUACUAUAGCGUAUAUCUUGUCUGGAAAUACGGCUGGGCUUGACUCGACCUCACCACAACUCGCCGAAGAGAUCGACCGAAGACUACGUCGAUCAAUAAAAUAUGCUGAAACCUACCACCUCUCCUUUUCACUAUUUACCCCCGGAUCUGAACCUUCCUCGUGGGACAUCGAGGCUGCGGUGAACGAAUAUGUCUCUCCUCUCCUACAGGCAUUGUCUCCUAUCAGCAAUUUCACCAUCGACACGCAAGUGCAGCUCUACGCAAAUUUCGCACCCACUGCGCCGAAGCCUGAGUAUGAUGAGUCCGAGGCGGUAUGGACAUUGAAGAAAGAAGGUCUGAGUGCCUUUGUCAAUGCUGCCGAGUGGCCGCUAAAUCCGAGCAUCGGUAGUGGCCCGACGAUCAAUUUCAUCCUCUAUAUCCCAGACCCUUCGCAGUCUCCACUCUUUGUGAAGGAGAACCGUGCCUCUAGUUGGAUGGUCCCUCAAUGGGGCGGAGUUUUCAUCCUUAACCCGCCGCUUUCCCACACCGAUAAGCAGGGUGGCCCGUCCAAUCCUACCCACCUCUCCCAGGACUCUUUAGGUCCUGCAUUCAUGACCUUCUCUCAUCAACUCCUCACCCUCCUCGGUACUCCAAGUACCCCUACCUCUCUUCCACUUCGUCUUCAGACGUCUAUCCGCAUUCGUGCAGCCAGCUUGCUACUCUCCGCCUCAUCAACAAUGGGCUCGCUUGCCCGUCUUACUAAGUCUUUACCAUCUAUCCCUAUUCCGGCAACUGUAGCUACUUCGGUCUCCACCACACUCUCUCAUUUGAGUUCCUCCUGUGCCCACUUGCGAGAGGGCCGUUUCAGCGCUGCGCUUGCCAGCGCCCGAGUCGCGGAGACAGAAGCUGAGCGCAGCUUUUUCGAAAAGAGUAUGGUGGGUCAGGUCUAUUUCCCAGAUGAGCAUAAGGUGGCGGUCUAUCUGCCCCUUCUGGGACCAAUUGGUGUCCCUCUUGUUGUUGGGUUGCUCAAAGAACUUAAGAGAAUUGCGGGUCGACGUAAGGCGAAGGGAGCGCCGUAG